GGCGUUCCCAACUAUUUGUUCCAAACACGAAUCCGGAGUGCGAGGCUCUUUUUCGCAGGUCUUAGGUUCCCUCUUGAGUAUGAGUACAGCAUGAGGAGGCGUUUAGAGGAUCAGGAGCCAGUGUUCACCCCACAACAGCGCCGGCUUCCUGGCAGCGCCGAGGGCUUCCAGCACAGGGUUCUUGCCCCAGCGCCUGCCGUAUUCGAGGCUGUGGCUGACAGCAUGCAGCCUACUCCCGGAAUACAGUUCCCGGUUCCCCAGGCAUACCAGGUGUCCACAGUGGCCCAAAGCUCAAGUGGUCACGGUCACACACCCAGUCCGGCGGCGGCCCACAGUGGUGCUCACCAUCAUGAUCCGGCAGUGGUCCAGGCCCACGGUCCUGCGCCGGUGCAGGGCCACAGUCACCCGCCCACCCCCUCCGCAUCUGCACAGGGGCAACAGCAGUUCCAGAGACUUAAGGUGGAGGACGCCCUGUCUUACCUGGACCAGGUGAAGCUACAGUUUGGCAAUCAACCACACGUCUACAAUGAUUUCUUGGAUAUCAUGAAAGAGUUUAAAUCUCAGUGUAUUGACACCCCGGGCGUAAUCAGCAGGGUGUCGCAGCUCUUUAAGGGUCACCCUGAUCUCAUUAUGGGGUUUAACACGUUUCUUCCGCCGGGAUACAAGAUUGAAGUUCAGACCAAUGACCUGGUUAAUGUGACUACACCCGGUCAGAUCCACCACAUAACACCUCACGGCAUCUCCGUGCAGAACAUCCCCACCAGACCACCGCCGCCUCCACAGCUCCAGAACCAGAUCCCCACAAACCCUCCCAGCCUGGCAUCCACACCUCCCGUCCAACCCACACCGAAAAGCAAGCCACUGCAGUCUCCAGCUCUGACUCCGAGCAGUCAUCUCAAUCCGUCCAUCCCUCCGUAUGCGUCCCCGUGUUCGCCCCCGCUGCAGCCCCACACCCCCGUCAACAGCAUGCCCAGCGCCCCGCCGCUGCAGAACAACCAGCCCGUGGAGUUCAACCACGCCAUCAGCUACGUCAACAAGAUUAAGAACCGCUUCCAGGGCCAGCCUAACAUCUACAAAUCCUUCCUCGAGAUCCUGCACAAGUACCAGAAGGAGCAGCGUAAUGCUAAAGAAGCGGGCGGGAGUUACACCCCAGCCCUGACCGAGCAGGAAGUUUACGCUGAGGUGGCCCAACUCUUCAAAAACCAGGAAGAUCUGCUCUCUGAGUUUGGACAGUUCCUGCCGGACGCCAACAGCUCUGUGCUGCUGAGCAAGACGACAGCAGAGAAGGCCGAAUCUGUGCGUAACGAUCACGGUGGAACGGCCAAGAAACCACAGCUCAAUAACAAGCAGAGGCCCAAUCAGAACGGCUGCCAGAUACGCAAGCACUCGACUACAGCCGUCACCCCACCUGUGAAGAAAAAGCUCAAGUUAAUGAAUAUCAAAGAUUCAUCCGUGGCAGAAUCUGGCAAACAUGGUGGAGGAACAGAGUCUCUUUUCUUUGACAAAGUGCGGAAAGCUUUACGAAGUGCUGAAGCAUAUGACAACUUUCUCCGGUGCCUGAUCAUUUUUAACGAAGAGAUCAUUUCUCGUGCUGAGCUGGUUCAACUUGUGGUUCCAUUCUUGGGUAAAUUUCCUGAGCUAUUCACUUGGUUCAAGAACUUCCUUGGAUAUAAAGAGAUGUCACACCUGGAGAGGUACCCAAAAGAAAGAGCCACUGAAGGAAUUGCCAUGGAAAUUGACUACGCUUCAUGCAAGCGUCUGGGCUCUAGUUAUCGAGCUUUACCCAAGAGCUACCAGCUUCCCAAAUGCACAGGAAGAACAUCACUCUGUAAAGAGGUGCUGAAUGAUACCUGGGUUUCCUUCCCCUCCUGGUCUGAGGACUCUACCUUCGUCAGCUCCAAGAAGACUCAGUAUGAAGAACACAUGUACAGGUGUGAGGACGAGCGAUUCGAGCUGGAUGUUGUCUUGGAAACCAACCUGGCCACCAUUCGUGUGCUGGAGGUGGUUCAGAAGAAGCUGUCUCGGAUGUCUGCGGAAGAGCAGGUGAAAUUCCGACUGGACAACACUCUGGGUGGCUGCUCGGAGAUCAUCCACAGGAAAGCCAUCCAGAGGAUAUAUGGAGACAAAGCUCUGGACAUCAUCGAUGGACUGAAGAAGAAUCCGGCAGUGUCUGUUCCCAUUGUACUCAAGAGGCUAAAGCUGAAGGAGGAAGAGUGGCGUGAAGCUCAAAGGGGUUUUAACAAGAUCUGGAGAGAGCAGAAUGAGAAAUACUACCUAAAAUCUCUGGACCAUCAAGGCAUUAACUUCAAACAGAACGACACUAAGGUGCUGCGCUUGAAAACGCUUCUCAACGACAUCGAGAGCAUCUUUGAUGAGCGGCAGGAACAGGCUUCGGAGGACAACAGUACGUCUCCAAGCGGGCCUCACCUGACGCAGACCUACGAGGACCGUCAGAUUCUGGAGGACGCGGCGGCGCUAAUCGUCCAUCACGUGAAACGCCAGAGCAGCAUCAACAAAGAGGACAAAUACAAGAUUAAACAGAUCAUCUACCACAUCAUCCCCGACAUGCUGUUCUCCCAGAGAGGAGUGUUGUCAGAUGCUGAGGAAGACGAUGAUGAGGAAGACAUGGACCUCGACGAGGGGGCGUCGAAGAAGCACAACGGGCUAACGGGAGGCGUUCGCGGCAGCCCGACAAAGUCCAAACUGCUGUUUAGCACGUCCGUGGCUCAGCGGUUGCGCUCCUGUGAGGACGCGUAUAAUCUGUUUUACGUGAAUAACAACUGGUACAUCUUCCUCCGGCUGCACCACACCCUGUGCUCGCGUCUGCUGCGGCUCUAUGCGCAGGCCGAGCGACAGAUCGAAGAGGACCUGAGGGAGCGCGAGUGGGAGAGGGAGGUGCUCGGACUCAAACGGGACAAAAAUGACAACACUGCCGUCCAGCUGCGCCUGAAGGACCCCAUGGACAUAGAUGUGGAGGAUUAUUACUCGGUGUUUCUGGAGAUGGUGCGUAAUCUGCUGGAUGGGAAUAUGGAGGCGUCUCAGUACGAGGAUUCGCUCCGAGAGAUGUUCACCAUUCACGCCUAUAUCGCCUUCACCAUGGACAAGCUCAUCCAGAACAUAGUCAGACAGCUCCAGCACAUAGUGAGUGAGGAGAUCUGUGUUCAGGUCACAGAACUGUACCUGAGUGAGAGCAGCCACUCGGCCACAGGUGGAUCUCUGCUCACACAGAGCAGCAGGGCACCGGCGGAAGUGUCUUACCAGCGCAAAGCCGAGCAGCUCAUGUCCGAUGAGAACUGCUUUAAGUUGAUGUUUAUGAAGAACCGAGGGAAUGUUCAGCUCACUGUGGAGCUGCUGGACACAGAGGAGAACUCAGACGGGCCAAUGGAGAUCGAGUGCUGGUCGGAUUACGUUGUGCGGUAUCUGUCGGCUGAUUUCACAUCUCCAGACCUGAGGGAGCAUCUGUCUCAAAAACCUGUGUUUCUGCCAAGGAACCUGCGGCGGAUCCGUAAGUGUCAGCAUAGCCAUGAGUCUCAGGAAAAGGAGGUGAAGGACAGCGGCAGAAAAGAGAACACAGACAGCAUGAAGAUGGAGUGCAUGUUCAAACUCAACUCCUAUAAGAUGGUGUACGUCUUCAAAUCCGAAGACUACAUGUACAGACGCACCGCGCUGCUGAGAGCCCACCAGUCUCACGAGCGAGUGAGCACACGUCUGCACCAGCGCUUUCACGCCUGGACUCAGCGCUGGGUGAAGGAGCACGUGACCAGAGACAUGGCUGCUCAAACCAGCAGGUGGCUCAUGGGAGAAGGGCGGGAGGGACUGGUGCCCUGCUCCACCACAUGUGACCCCCAGAUCCUUCACUUCCAGCGCAUUAAUAAGUACAGGGUCCAGUACGGCAGCGCCCACAAGAGCCCGUGACAUCAGCGGAAAGGGGCGGAGCUCAGCGACGACGUGAGAUUUUUAACAGUGUUUUUGUUUUCCUUUUUUUAUAAGCUGUUCCUGCAGAAACGCAGGUCGCCCAGUGCCAAAAAACACGGGGUUGAAGACCUGUCAGUCAAACCCAGCCCGGACCAAUCAGCACAGCCCUUUCCGUAGACCAACCCACCGAUCCGAUACAUAUAACGGAUUCCGCGCAUCUCUUGAACGCCAGUCGAGUGUGUUCGCUGGUUUUUGAUAGUUAAAACAGGCAGCAGAUCCGAGAAAAAGUGGCAGAAAAGUCUGAAUCAGACUUUUUACGAAAACAGAAAACAAAAACGUUUCGGGAUAAGUGCACUUAGCUUUAACGUGACUUUGAGAGAUUUAUUCUGCCACAUUUCAGAGAGCAAAAAAUCUGAAGUGCGAAUUUAACAUUGUAAUAUUAGAAUGAAAAAAUUCCGUUUUUACUUAAAAAUAUAGGCAAAAAAUAUAUAAAUGCGACAGCAAUAAAAGUCCAAGGCCUGUGUGAAGGCAUGUUAUGAAUCAGAAAACACACUUAUAUCUGCUCCAUACACCAGCUUACAGUGAACAUGACCUGUGAAUCACACACACACACACAUAGUUCAACAGUUUUGUAAAUACAGUGUAAAUAAUCACCAGACCUUUUUUAUGCCAGAUGUGUGUUGUGUUCAGUGCUUCAGUGUGGCGUUUAGGAAGAAAAAAGCGGGAACCACAUGGAAAACGAUGACAGGAUGGUUUAUUACAGUUUUUACCAAAGGGAGUCGAUUAUUAAGGUUGGGGUUUGUUUUCUUUCUCCUUUUGUGUGUUUCCUUUGCUCUUCUAUUUUGUCUUCCUUUCUUUUUCUUUUUUAUUAGUAAAAAUGUUAAUUUUGCAAAGUAGAAAUGUAUCCAGGUUCUUGUUUUUGCAAUGGAAGUUUUUAUAAGAAAAAAAAAAAGCAUUUUAAUUUUUGAAGUUUGAAUACGGAUCUUGUUUCUGUACACUUUUAUCACUGACCAUUUUGGAUUGACCUAUAGCCGUGUCCUCUGGCAAACACACGCAGACACAACUCUUAUGAAUGUAAAGGUCUUCUUUAUCGUUGUCAGAGGUUUCAGUCUUCACUCUGGAUAGAUUUCUGCUGGACAAAUCUAAAUCUAAAUAUAUAUACACAUUUUAAAAAUGAGUCACAAAGCAUGUCUUUUCUGUGGAUCAUUAUAGACCCUUUAUUUGCAUAUUAUUUAAAUUAAUAAAAAUUACAUUU